AUUCUGCGUUUAAUUAAUUCCUAUUGAAGCGGACAUCUAAUUAUACAUAAAUAAAUUUCAGUACGCGUUGGACGUGAAGCGUGGGUGGAUGUAACGUUUCACUCUACCCUACUACGAAGCGAGUAAAUUGAAUUAUUUGCGAAUUUUUUUCCGGACACCAGCAGCGUGAGCUUAGAAAGUCCGCCUGCGGCUGCAAAUCGCGACCAACUACCACCGCAACAUCCUCACCAGUGCGGGCGUACAUGCGAGCAGCGUGUGGUGAAUGAACAAAACGAGAUGGUUAUUUUAAAUGGCCAAUGGUGGAAGCGGCGUGGUGCCCCCGGUGAAUAGUUGAAUAGCAAUAGCGUUUAGCGUGCGGCACAUGUAGUUAGUUAUCCGGUUGGUAGUCGCGCUCGUUGAGUACUCGAGUGGAGGAGUGCAACCGAGAAGCGUGCGUGUUGUUAGUGUGUGCAUGCAUGUGUAUGCUGCGGCCGGCUUCGGCUAUUCCCAUAUCGCAUCCCGGCCCAUGCGGUCCCAUCCAGUUCAGUCGCAGCGAUUAAGUGCCGCGGGUGAGAUGCAGAGGAGCUUUUCGGUGCGUGCUGCCGCUACCACGCGCUGAACGCGUUUCAAAAAUUUUCGCGCCACGACGACGAUGAUCGAAUACGUGCGGGUUGUUUUGUUGCUUGUUUUCGAAGCGGUCGUAUUUUCCAGUGGCCAAGAUUUGAUGUGCUGCUCGCAUGCCACUGGCAGCUGCCGGACGUUUUGCGAAGAGAUCUCCUUGGUGGAGAUAGCGGCAGAUGUGGGCGUACGCAAUCAAACUUUAUUAGAUGUGCACAAAGUUUGCUCCACGCAACUCGUGCAAUUUUGGGAAUGUCUUAAUGCAACGUUUGAUGAAAUGUCGCACGGAGAUUCGUGGUCAGGUCGUGUCUGUUGUUCACACACACAUAGCGAAAGCUGUCGGCGGGCAUGCAUCACCGCGACACGUGCAGCGGAUCUGUAUCAGGGAUGUCGGAAGUCCGACGAGAUUUCGUUCUUCAUGUGCGUCGACCAGCAGAGCGACGGCGAGAGUUGCUGCCGACAGGCCUCAACGCCGGAUUGCGGCGAUGCUUGCCUGGACAUAUUUCGCAGCCGGUUGACACCUACACGUCAACAACGCGCCCUGCUAUCGGAAACUUGCGAAUUAACCAGCCCCGAGGUGCUCAAUUGCGUUGGGGACUUUGUGCGUGUCACGCCGAUACCGAAUUCAAGUAAAUAUACUGCAUGUUGCGAGGAAUCCAACAAGAGUAAAUGUCGUGAGGCAUGUCGCUCCGCGCUUGUUCCGAACAACACACUGCAAGAGAUGUUGGACAUUAUGCAGGUCGGCGGAUGUGGUCCACCAGUACUACACGAUCCACUCUUUCAAUGCUUCAUGCAUCCAGUGGCGGAUGGGCCGCAGACCAGCGUGAAAGUUUCCCGCAUCGAUCGCGUUGGCAUGGACAGCGCCAAACUGCACUGCUGCCAGAAGGCAUCAACCAACACGUGCCGCAAAUUAUGUUCGAAAACGUUCACGAAAGACUGGUCAAUGCUGUGGGAGGAAUUCCACUAUAAGUGUCAAAGCGAUGUCGCGCAGGAAGAAUUGCGAAAUUGCAUUGAUGAAGUUGAUGAACCGUGUGAAUUGGGUUGUGAUGGAUUAAGCUUCUGUACCAAUUUUAACAAUCGUCCCACGGAACUUUUUCGAUCCUGCACGCCACAAGCGGAUGAAGCAGCACGGAAUGACGUGGAUUUAUGGCAAAGCCAACGUGAAUUAACUCUACCCGGAUUGACGCUACCUCUCAAAAACAUCUCCAAUUGCUCCCCGAAUAUGUGGAAGGCAGUGGCGUGCACUUUACAGAUCAAACCAUGUUCAAGACACUCGCAUGCCAACCAAAUUUGUCGUAAUAUCUGUUUGGAAAUUCUCUCACAAUGCGUGGAAUGGACAGAAAGCUCCCUAACCCACUCUCCUGAAUCUAUCUGCGCGACGUUAUCACCAGACGAUCCAAACUCUGCCUGUGUGUCUCUGGUAAACUUCCUCACACCAUCCGAAAAUAUGUAUUCACGCAUAGAAGGACAAGUGUCCUCGCCAUGCAAAGGAGACCCUUGCGACGUGAAUGAAACCUGCACGCCGAACAAGAAUUGCACUCCUGGUGAACCAUGUUUUCCCUACAAGUGCACACCAGGAUGUCGCAUGGGUGAAGUAAGUGAGUAUGUUGUACCUGAAGGCGCCUACGUCCGGAUACCAAUCCCCAACAAUCGUGGGUGUUUAAAAAUAUGUAAAUGUACGAAAAAUGGGAUAGAUCAAUGCCAACCAUUGCUGUGUGUUACCCUAAGUGGUUGCUGGAUAGGCAGCAGUAAUCAGAGACAACAUGGUGAGACAUUCGAUAUGGACUGCAACAAGUGCAGUUGUUUUGCAGGCGAAGUCAUCUGCAGUAAGAAGCAGUGUCGAAGGACAGCCCUCGAAGGGGUUAACACUGCGUAUACAACACUCCCAUGCAAUUGCCCAACGCAUUAUGUCCCUGUAUGUGGGCGCAAUGGGAUGGUUUACCCAUCAGCAUGUUUAGCAAAAUGCGCGGGUUUAAGCGAUUCGGAAAUUGACUACGGACCAUGUCAGGAUCCAUGCCGUAAUAACCCUUGUUCGGUGGGUAAAAAAUGCGUGCCGGAUUCAAAAAUAUGUCUUUCAUUGAUGCACAAACCAUGCACUCAAUACCAAUGCAUCAACGGCACGACACAAUGCAGCUACCUCUCGCACGAUCCCGUCUGCGACACUGAAAACACAGAACAUGCCAACUCAUGUUUACUAGCACACAGCAAUAAGAAACUAGCCUAUCGUGGAUCGUGUAUUACAAACUGCAAGUAUCAAGGGGAAGUAUGCGGAUUCAACGGAAAAACUUACAUCUCCGAAUGCGCCGCUCAAGCCGAUUACGCCAUCGUGGAUUACAUCGGUGCCUGUGUAACAGUCGGACUGAUCGCUGAUCACAAAGCGGUGCAAUGUGGAAAUAUCGAAUGCACGCCGCUCGCACGCGAAAACUGCCUCGGAAUGACACCGCCGGGCGCGUGCUGUCCAAUCUGCGGCGGUAUGCUGCGGAUCAUAUACAGCAAGAAACAGAUUGAUCGCGCAUUGUAUGCGCUGCAGGCGAAGUCUACGCACGCGCUGACGCUGCGCGCGCUGCUUAAGGCACUCGAACGUCACGUCCAGGUUGCGCAAUGCGCGCUUUCCGGCUAUCUCACCGUCGAAUUGGACAUUUUCGUUGUGGUCAAGUCCACCGAAGCGCAUCCCAGCGAUCUGCAGCUGGAGGCGUGCGUGCGCGAAGCGGAAAAGUUGGCGAGUUUAAUUAAUCGACGGAGUCCGCGCGUCGCCAGCGAACUGAGUUUGAGCAGUCUCAUCUAUGCAAAUGUCGUCCACGUACCGUACAGCUCUGCAGCGCCGAAGCUAAAAAAUUCCUGCUGGUGGCUACUAGCGCUACUCCUGUCAAUCUCUUCAGCGGUGAGAUAUUGAACUAUCCAACGCAAUUGUACAUAGAUUGUUUGUUUUUUCUGUGAUAUUUUACUGUAAAUAAUGUUUAAUUCAGAUUUUCAUUUGAUCAUACCUAAGAUACCGGUGGAAUUGAUGCGCCAAAGAUACUAUAAAGUUGCUAGUCAUUGUAAGGACUAUACUAUUACAUUACAUGUGCAUGAAUAAAGGUUAUGUUUACCAUGA